GCAGCCGCCACAGCCGGGGCUCAGUUUCUCCACUGUUGGCGUUCUCCUCACCCCCUCCUUCCCUCCUUCCUUCACUUUUCCUCUCUCCCUCCCACCCAGCAGAGCAGCCCUUCAUUGGGCAGUCCGAGAGAGAGAGAGAGAGAGAGAGAGAGAGAGAGAGAGAGAGAGAGGAGUGAAACAGCUCGGAAACCCCCGGGCAGCAGCGAAAGGACUGAGAUCCCCACAGCGGGGUUUGAAGCAGCUCCCCAGCCUGACUGCAGAGAAUCGUUUUGCUCAUUUCCCCUCUCCUGGUUUCCUUUUUUCCCCUUUUGCACCCAGUGACAGCAGCAGAUUGCUUCCCCCCCCCCCCCUCUUUCCAAGUUCCAGAUUCUGAUUUCCCCCCUUUCCGCAGCAGAGGUGGUUUUGACUGUCUGGGAUUGCGCUGCUUUGACAUCUCCGGGCUUGGGUGUUCAAAGGGGAACUUUCUACCUGUUGGAGUCACAAAGGAUGUGUUUUCCUUGGCUCGGAGGAUCUACCAUCAGCAGGAUGGAGUCUUUGGCUCUGCUGUGGCUGCUCCUUUCCACUUGUGGCGUUGACCUGGCUCAGGCCGUGAACCCUUUCGCAGUGCAGCAGAACCCGCCAGACCCUUGCUACGACGAGAAAGGGACUGCUCGACGCUGCAUCCCGGAGUUUGUCAACGCUGCCUUCGGAAAGGAAGUCCACGCCUCCAGCACGUGCGGGAAGCCUCCCACCCGCCACUGCGAUUCGUCAGACCCCCGCAAAGCUCACCCAGCCUCCUACCUCACUGACCUCAACACCGUGGCCAACAUGACCUGCUGGCGCUCCGAGACUUUGCAUCACUCGCCACAGAACGUCACCAUCACCCUCUCCUUGGGCAAGAAGUUCGAGGUGAUCUACGUCAGCUUGCAGUUCUGUUCCCCCCGUCCCGAAUCGGCAGCUGUCUUCAAGUCCAUGGAUUACGGCAAGACCUGGGUGCCUUACCAGUACUACUCCUCUCAGUGCCGUAAGAUCUAUGGCAAAUCGAACAAAGCCACCGUCACCAAGCAGAACGAACAGGAAGCUUUGUGCACCGACGGGCACACAGACUUGUACCCGUUGACCGGGGGACUUAUUGCCUUCAGCACCCUGGACGGGCGUCCCUCAGCUCAAGAUUUUGACAACAGCCCUGUUCUUCAGGACUGGGUGACAGCCACCGACAUCAGAGUAAUUUUCAGUCGUCCCCAUCUGUUCCGGGAGCUGGGAGGUCGGGACCAUGACGAUGAGGACGGUGGCUCAAGCUCUUCUUCAUACUUCUAUGCUGUGGGAGAGUUCCAGGUCGGGGGACGUUGCAAAUGUAACGGCCACGCGUCGCGCUGCAUAAAGGACAAGGAAGGCAAGCUGGUGUGCGACUGCAAACACAACACCGAAGGCCCCGAAUGCGACCGAUGCAAACCCUUCCACUAUGAUCGCCCGUGGCAGAGGGCCACGGCCCGGGAGGCCAACGAAUGCUUAGCUUGCAACUGUAACCUUCACGCCCGCCGCUGCCGCUUCAACAUGGAGCUCUACAAACUCUCCGGGCGGAAGAGCGGAGGCGUGUGCCUUAACUGUCGCCACAACACUGCCGGCCGGCACUGCCACUACUGCAAGGAGGGAUUCUAUCGGGACAUGAGCAAGUCCAUCACUGACCGCAAGGCCUGCAAAGCGUGUGAUUGCCACCCAGUUGGCGCAGCGGGGAAAACCUGCAAUCAAACCACGGGGCAGUGCCCAUGCAAGGAUGGUGUGACAGGGUUAACCUGCAACCGCUGCGCUAAGGGCUACCAGCAGAGCCGCUCGCCUGUGGCUCCGUGCAUCAAGAUUCCCGCCAUCAAUCCAACAUCUGUCGUCACCAGCACAGAAGAACCAGCAGACUGUGACUCCUAUUGCAAGCCAGCCAAGGGCAACUACAAGAUUAAUAUGAAAAAAUACUGCAAGAAAGAUUACGUUGUCCAAGUGAACGUCUUAGACAUGGAGACAGUCGCCAACUGGGCCAAGUUCACCGUCAACAUCCUUUCGGUCUACAAGUGCCGAGACGAGCGGGUGAAACGGGGCGAUAACUUCCUGUGGAUCCACAUGAAAGACUUGGCAUGUAAGUGCCCCAAGAUCCAAAUCAGCAGGAAGUACUUGGUGAUGGGCAUCAGUGAAAACCCCGCCGAGCGGCCGGGACUAAUGGCUGACAAAAACAGCUUGGUGAUCCAGUGGCGGGACGCGUGGACCCGGCGCCUCCGGAAACUGCAGAGGCGGGAGAAGAAGGGGAAGUGCUUGAAACCAUGAUUGGUUCAGGUCCCUGUCUGUUAAUAUGUGCCUCCCUUGCCCGUUGGGUCCCUCUGCGCUCCAAUCAGCAGACUGUUCCAAGAGACUCUGUACAUAAUACGUAUCCUGUGAAUGAAUGGGCUCACCUGUGUAUAGUGUAUAUUUUGGCAAUGAUUCCUUUGGGCAUGCGUGCGUGUGCAUGAGUGUAUGGGUCCCCUUUUUUUAAAAAAAUGUUUAUUAAGAGUAACACAGUAAUGACAAACCUUUAACAAGGAGCGAAGGAAUGGAAAGGUCUGGUGGGGCCAAAUCUCUGAAGAUGCUUGGAAGAAGAAGAUAGCAUUCUGUUCUCUGGAUGUUACCUCUGUUAUCUUUACACCAUCUUGGGUGCCAUUCCCCGUCCCCUUAUCCCUCACAGCAACUCCCACUGGUGAGAUUACUGAAGCCCUCAACCACAUCAUGAGCUGAACAAAGGAGGAUUGGUUGCCAUCUUCACAUUUGUUGCUUCUUGGUUCUCUGGGGCUGCCUGGGGAGCUGCACUAGGAACUAGGGGGUUCCUGAGCAUUUUCCUCUCUGUCACGCUUGCUUAUUUCUGGGUGAUUUGACAAUCUCAGCAGCCAUAAAAUUGUAAUGGCUGUAGAUUUGGCCCUUCCUCAGCACAGAAGAAAAUGCCUUGAUCUGUAAAUUGAGACCAGGGCACAUUGGACUGGGCUGAAAAUUAUGACAGCAUAACUCAUUCCCACACAAAAGGACACACCCAAAAGUUAAGUGUCCUUCAAUGCAGUGGGCUAGGAGGGUCGUAGAAAGUGCAUUAUCUAGCUGUCUUCUCUCUUUCUUCACUGGUCUCUUUCUUCUGCAAUCUGGCUAAAAUUGCAAAACCUUCUGUGUAACCAGAGGACCUGAGAUCUACCUGGAGUAUGAUUUGCUUAGCUUCUCUAAUGUCACAGAAGGGAUUUCUUGAGGUGUCUUGGUGGCCUUUUGGCUGCCAGCAGUGUAUGAAGAAUGAAGAAAUCCCAGAAUCUGAGGUCCAAGAACAGCCUGAAGUUGCUAAACUGAACACUAGAAUUGCCUUUUUGCUAACACCUUGUUGGUUAGACUUUUUUUUAAAGCCAUUCUUAUUUGUUUUUAAUACCGUGGCUUAAUAGUGGCUGCUGUUUUGCGUCACCGAAGGAUAAUAACUGCAAAACGUUUAUAUGCCUGCGAGGUUAUUCUGCCUGUGUAGCAUAAAAAAAGGAUGAUUUAGUGGGGCAGCAGAAACUGACAAGUGCACAGCUAGAGGAAUCCUUUGGCUGGGGCCCAGCGUUAACUCCUUUUAGCAGCCAAAAAUGUAUCCCAGAGUUUUGUACAUUCUGCCAAUCAGAUUCAGCAAUACGACUCUAAGUUUAUGGAAGCCCGAGGCCACACCUGACCAGCCAAAGGUUUUCCCUGACGGACCAUAUCUUCUGUAUCCCGGCCAAUCUGUUAGUGCUCUUUGGAGCUUCCGUUUGUAUCUCCAAGCAAGCCUCCUGACUUCGUGAGCCAAAUCGAACGAAGUGCUACCGGUGGCACCCCAACACCACAGUCCACGUUGUGGAUAUUUCAGAAGCUGCAUAAGUUAACUAUGGGAAGCAUCCCUAUCCUGGGGAUUUUUCAGGUACCAGAUACUUCAUACUUAGCGUGCGGAUCGUAUAAGGCUUUCUUCCCUUCAAGAUACAUUGCCACGAGCUGGAAAGGACAGCUGAGAUACAAAAUCCUGCAGACUUUAGUCCCUCCAGGUAGUCCAAAGAACCAAGCAGAUUGUGGAGUUGGAUAUCCUAUAAUGUUUUAGAUUGCGGCUGAGUGAUGACAAUGGGAACUCUGACGGGAUCUUUUUCUGAUGGUGCUUCCUAGCAGCCCCUUCCAUGUCCAAGUACUGCAAUUGUUUAGACUGUGCCUCCAAGGGCCAGAAGGCAUUGUGGGAAGAAAACAACAGGAUAUAGGUGUCACCUUGGUCCCUACCCUGGGCAUUUAGUUGGCUCCUGCUAGAAAUACAUAAGUGGAUUUUUCUAUCACAUUUUUAUCUUUCUCUUCCUUCAAGGCGCUCAGGGACAAAUCGGUCAUCCUUCCAUUGUAUUCUCACCGCAGUCCCUGUGAAGGUACACUUGGCACAGAGUAAAUAGGCUGAAAUCAUAGCUGGUUGGGGACUUGAACCCUGGUCUGCUGGGGCUGCGAAGAGAAAGCUAGAAGGCAAAGUUUGGUCACCCUUGGAGGCCAGUAAAACCAAGCUAGUUAUGAAACUGAUUUUAUUGGGUGUUUGAGGUAGGGGAAGCAUGUGAGAACAACUAGCGACUAGCAUGGGGGGAGCAGAUAAACUGUCAGGGCUACUGAGGUCAAGGCCAACACCAGCCUCGGUCCUCACAAGUUUAACCACACUGGCUGUUUUGGUCUGUUCCAUCAAGGCAGUCCUGAUGUGCUUGCUUGACAUGGAAAAGCCGCGAUUGCCAUCUCUCACGAGGGUUCACGUAGCCAAGACCAGCCCCCUGAAGGAGCGGCGCUAAAACAUGGGGAGUGGCGAGUUUAUGGCCAUGGUUAAAAUGUUGAAAUGCAUUUAGAGCAGGGUGAGUUUAGGGAUUUUUGUGAGCGCUGCUGAUGCGAGUUGUUCUCGGAUGCUGGCUACCCGCUUCCUCGGGUUCAGAGAGGCACGUCUUUCCAUGCAAAGGUCAGGGGUCCCACAGAGGUGUAGGAGUAGUUGCUUUUUCAAGGGACUCUGUGCUGAAGGGAGUAAUGACUUCAGCACGGAAACAAGCAAAAAAAGAAAAUGGACGCCAUGGCUUCUGAUCGCAAGCAAGCCAUCAGUGCUCACGGAAGGAAGAUCUGUGGGGAUUUGUAACUGUAAGUUUGCAAAGAACUCCAACUUCGUCUUUGAGAACUACAUAAAUAAAAAAUUAUGUUUUUAAAAGGA